AUGGCAACCUCCAGUGCCGACCUGCUGGCCCUGCACCGAUCCGGCACACAGGCGGGACAGCCGAGGGCCCUCUCUGGCUCGGCUGCGCUGUGCCAGGGUGGCGAGGUGGAGAGCAGUUAUCUUCAAUUUACCGAGAAGGAGGUGCAGCAGUGGUACAAAGGCUUCAUCAAGGACUGCCCCAGCGGGCAGCUGGAUGCCGCAGGCUUCCAGAAAAUCUACAAGCAGUUCUUCCCAUUUGGAGACCCCACCAAGUUUGCUACAUUUGUUUUCAACGUCUUUGACGAAAACAAGGACGGGCGGAUCGAGUUCUCUGAGUUCAUCCAGGCACUGUCGGUGACCUCGAGGGGAACCCUGGACGAGAAGCUGAGGUGGGCCUUCAAGCUCUACGAUCUGGAUAACGACGGCUACAUCACCAGGAACGAGAUGCUGGACAUUGUGGACGCCAUUUACCAGAUGGUGGGCAACACCGUGGAGCUCCCCGAGGAGGAGAACACCCCCGAGAAGAGGGUAGACCGGAUCUUCGCCAUGAUGGACAAGAAUGCCGACGGGAAGCUGACCCUGCAGGAGUUCCAGGAAGGAUCGAAGGCAGACCCCUCCAUCGUGCAGGCGCUGUCCCUCUAUGACGGGCUGGUAUAGUCCAGGGCCCAGAGCCGGGAUGCCUGGGAACCGUACACCCCCUCCCGCGCCAGGAGGCCACCUCCGCCCCCGACACCGCCCUCCUGUGUUCGUUCACCCGGCGUUUCUCCGCAUCCACACCCGGCCGGGCUGCCCUGGAACCGCGAAGCCCGGCUCUCCUCCCCCGUGCCCUGCACCCACCGCCGCCUGAAGCCACUGGCUCCAAUUGCCAACAACCUCUGCUUGUCCGGAUGCCAACACGAAACGGGAAAGGCUACAGCCCUCUGCAAAACUGAGGACCGGCUGCUUUGCAGGCAGCCUCUGGGUCCUUCCUGCUCUUCUGUACGUGUGCUUUUUUGUUUUUUAUUUCGAACAGACAUUGACAAAGGAGAAAAAAACCCAACUACCUUCUGUCUAGAAGAUACAGACUGACAGAUGGGGAGAAGCCUACCGUAGACCUCAGAGAACACUGCCCCCCCGCCUCGGCCGUCCUCGGGCAGCCCGAGAGGCCACGGGGAGUCACGGCCAAGGCCACGGUGUGCUCGGGUGUUGGGGGGCCUGCCCAAUUCACGUUGCCUGCAUCCCAUCCCCGAGCAGCGAGGUCACCUGUGUGGCAGGGAUGAUUCACGAUGGUGACGGUUUUUGUGUGUGUGAUAACAGUAUUGUGCUUUUUGUGGGGAAAGUGAGGGUUUUUUUAUACAUAUAUAAUGGAUAUCUUUUAUUUAUUGGUUGUUAAUGUUGCUGCUGCCUCAUGUGUCCAAAGCUCCCAGGGAUGCGGGGCCUACCGUUUACGGGCGCUCACCCUCACCCACCUGCGCUCCAGAGGACGGUGGCCUGCAGCGGCCAAGAAGCCAAAAAACUCUUUUUCUUUUUCUUUUUCUAAUUUUUUUUUCGGAUACUGUGCUCGAUGUUUGGAGAGGGGAAGGGUGGGUUUCUUAAAUGGCUAAUGCACUGUUCCCCCGGCCCGAACGCCUCCUUCCUGAACGCCUUUCCUCUCCUUCCUGGUCACCCUCCCCAUUCCGUUCCUCUUCUGGGUCCACAGCAUCUUUUCCGAGGACCCACCAGGGACAUCUUUUGGUUUCUCCACUCUUGCUUUGGCAUUUGCAGCAGCACGGAGACGGGGAGCCCGGAAGGUGGGAUGGGGUAUGGAAGGGCAGGUGGGGGGAGGGGAAGGGCACUCCUGGCAAGCCGGCGAGCCGACAAACCCUCCUUGGUGGGUUUGGAAGAGAGUCACUCAGCUCUCUCGCACUUGCUUUUCUGCCCGCCUGUCUGCCUCAUCCAGUAGAUCUCAUGGCCUCCCCCUGCCCUUUCCUCUCUCAGCUCAAAUGCUGGGAGGGAGGGCAGGAGAGAAGGGAGCAGACAAUCCCAGUUUGUUUCUGCCUGCUCCUCGGGGCCGUGGCCCAUGUGCGCUCCUGGGAAGCUUCUAACUCUGCCUGCCGCUGUGACCGCGUGCCCCCAAACUGCCACCAGGAAAGUCAGAUGACCUUGGGCCGGAGGCUGGCACCCUGCGGCUGGCCCUUCCUUGCUCUGUGGUUGCAGGCAGCCCCCUGCCCUCUCUGGGCCCCGGCUGCCCCAGCUCGGAACCAGGAGGCUUGGUCCGGUUGAUCUGGAAUGUUCUCUGCCAUGUGACACUGUCUGAUUGUAAGCCUUGGUUUCCUGCAUUUAUGAUUCUGCGACACGGGCACGGUCCGAGUCACUCUGCUGUCUCUUGGCACAGGCCUUCGGGGAGGUGGCAGCCACGAGUGGUUGAGUGGGAUCAGGUGGCCUACCUUGUUCUCUCUGCCUCUCCUCCUGGUCCCCCCGGGACUCUUGAGCUGUCUUUUUUUUGGCCCGAGCUCGUCCUCUUCCAGGGAGGCCUCCUGGAGUGAGAAGCAGCCUCCCAGACUGUUCAGGGCCAGGCUUGAGUCUCGAAUGCUCACUUCUUUGCAAAGUCAGCAGCUUGUCACCUUCCCUGCUUGCCCGGGCCCCAGGAGAGGAAAAGCCGGCCCUCGAUUCUCACUUUGCAUUGCCCUUGGUUCUCACUUUGCACUUUCCCAGGAGGCCAGAGCGUCCGACAGACCCUCACUCUGCCAGUGCAGCCGGCCGGACGGCUCACCUCAUCCAGACUCCUUCCUUGCUCAGCCGAGCCUAGGGCCGCAUCCCGCAUCCUCUGUAAGCCGCCAGCCCCCAUGGGUCCGGGGACCACUUCGAUUCUCACAGGUGACUUUGCAGGCUGGGCUCCUGGAGAUGAACUUAGUGGCCUGGGGUCAGGAGUGGGGGCUUCUCCAUAUUGCAUUCCUCCCCCCAAAACCCCUCCCCCAAGCCUUGAUUUCCAUCUGUGUCCCUGGGGGCAGAGCCAUCCGUUGCACUGCCCGAUGCUAGAGGCACCAUCUGGGUAAGGGACUUGAGUCCCCCGGGGUUCUGCAUGUGAAGGAUCUUUCAACUCCCAGGCAUCAAUGGAGCCGCCUGCAGGGCCUUCCUCCCACCUUCUUGCCCUUUGGACUUUUUGUUUGGAGCCCCAGGGGUGGCCUUUGGCCUUAGCAGGCAUUACUGAGGACCUUUGGGUCGGUGCCUCCGGAGACAGCCCAGAGCUGCGGGGAGGGGCUUGUUCGGCAGGGCGCUAGGCACUGGCCAUUUGUGCCUGAGGUGGCCAGGCAGGGACAAUUAUGUCCCCUCCUCUCACCAGGCCUCUAGAUACGGAAACCUGAGCAGCUGUGGGCCUCUGUCCCCGGCACCGAUUUCCGCCCCCAGGCCCAGACUGGUCACGUGCUGCUCUCUGGGGAUUCCAGACCCACUGGAGGCUGGGCUCUCGGGCCCUCUGCUGGCCCUCCCUCCGCGGCCCUGGCCUCUUCCUCACAGCGCCCGUCCCCCCCCCCCUCUGUGUUGAUGGCACUGAGCAGAAUGACAAGACUUCCUGAUAUUUAACCAGGCCAUGUUCAAUGUCAAGGCAAACGCGUGUGUCCUUCUUUCCCCAACUUCCUAGACGACACCCGCGCUUUCGGGAACACGUCUCUUCUUUGAGGGGAGGAAGGUCGGGGGGUGCCCUAGACGUCCGGGGAGAGGCGGGAGAGAGUCCCUCUGCGGACCCAGCGCAAAGCCAGCCGAUGCACAGCCUCGCCUCGGCGCCUGCGGGAUCCAAGGGGACGCGGGCGCGCCCCCUGGUGGCCGGGAGCUGCAAAGGCCUGUGGGGACGCCCUCCGGCCAAACAGGAGCUCGGAGGGAGGGGGGCAGCGGGAGGUGCGAGGUGCUCUGGGCUCCAGCCUCGAGUUAUUGGCAGUUUGUCUCCCAGAUGCCGCCCCUCUAGGUCUCCCCCAGGGACAGCAAGUUCAUUAGCAUAUGGGCACCGUGAUGGGAAGCCUUGCCCUUCACCCUUUUUUUAAUAUCUGCGGAAAUAAACCCAAUGGUUGAUUUUUGAAUGAAUAAAAAGGCUUUUGUUGAAUAAACAGCUGGUACCAUCUUCUGUCUUGGCAUCUAGGCUCAGGCUCUGUCUACCGCCCAGGCCUGGGACAAGCGCAGAAUCCGCCUCCCCUCGCCCCACAACCUAUACAGUCCCGUUUUCCCGGCAUCCACUCAGUGGCCCUAGGCUCCAGGGACAGCCACACGCCGAGACUCGGGGCAAGUCGCUCCUGCUCAGUUCUUCUGUCCCUCAGAUGGAAGCAAGUCUCUGCUUGGCCCUCCCCCCCACCCCCAGGGCCAAGAGGGGGGCCGGGAGUGGGCAGGAGCGUUGUGAUCAGAGCACCUUGCAGAGGUGGAAGGCCAGUGGGACGGUCUGAAUGGUCAUGUCCCUGCCCCUCAUCUGGAACCUGCAACUUUGUAAAGGAAUUUGGGCAACUCUUAAAAAAAAAAAAAAGCACUGUUUCCUGCCUAUGGUUGUCUUUCUGUUUGCCUUUCCAGUCCCCUCUGAGCCUCUUUUUUGGGCUGCUGUCCUGUCUGAAUCCGCUGGUGUGUGUCUCUGGGGAAGACGCAAGCCCUUGGCCUGGCGGUGCCAGUGGGGGCGGGGCGAGGCCCCAGGGCGGACGCAGCGUGGCCACGCCUCCUCUCGUGCUCCCGAUGUAUGUCUUCCAUGUCAUGCAAAUUAAACGCGCUUCCUGA